AUGGAGCCCCACGAUCGCGCCGCCGAGCCGGGCCCGCCGUGGCCCCCCGGGUCCCCCCGCCCGCCGGCGGCGGCGCAGGCAAUGGAUUCUCCCUACGCAAACGGAGCCUACAGCCCGCCGUACCCUCCGGCUCCCGGCACUGCUCCGCACUACACCGGCCUGCCGCAGACACGGGGUUACUACUGCUCCGGGCCCCCGCGGACCCCCUACCCUGCGGAGUCCACGGGCAUGUACCGGCCCCCGUCGCCUGCUCCCCCCUGGAGCUACGCCCCACCGGACUGCCCCGCCGAAGGGUCCUCUCUCAGGAGGCAGCAGGUUCCUGGCUACUCCCCACCGCAGACCCCGGGAAUGCCCAUCCCGCAGUACCCAUACGGAGACAGCAAUGCAGGGGUCACGGCGCAGGGGCCUCCGCCACAGCCCAGACCCCCGGAGGACACGUGGGCUCCCCCCGCCGUCUAUGGGGUGCAGCCGCGUUAUGCGUGGCCCGCCGCUUCGGUGCACAGGAACCCGUUCGUCUCCGAAUCGCACCCACCCUGGACUGGCAGCGGAGCUCCUUCCCACCCUCCUGCCUGGGACCCCAAGGAUACUGCUUACGACAAACCUGAGCAAAGUGCAAACCACCACAACUACUAUUCCGAUGUCAAUCACCAGCACUCUGGGACAAUGAAUGACCACAAGCCAGCCGCUCCGCUCAACGCCAAGCCAUCCCCCUCAAACCCCAAGGUGCAGUACAGCGCGCAGCCCCAAAUGUACGACAGUGCGUCUCGGAAGCUUUUGGCUGGGAACCGGGAGGCUGGCUUUAAACCCGGUGACCAGCCUUCAACAAAUUCUGCAGCCAUCCAGCCAGAGAUUCAGAGAAUCCUCCACGUUAUGGGGGAGGCUGAACAGCUGGAGCAAGAGGUGGAUGAAUUCGUAGGGAAAAAGACAGAUAAAUCCUACCGGCUUCUGGAGGAGAUGUUGACCAAGCUGCUGUUGGAACUGGAUUCCAUCGAGACUGGUGGCCAGGACGGUGUUCGGCAGGCCAGGAAAGAGUCUGUCCACAGAAUUCAGGCCAUACUGGAAAAACUGGAAAGAAAGGGAUUGUGAAAGCACAUCAGCCACAACGCACAGCCUGUUGUUGAGGUUCCAAAGAGUUUUAGUUCUGUUAAAUCUCAGCUCUUUCUGCUACGCACUAUUGACAACGGAAUAGCAAUAAGCCCUGAGUUAAAAAAACAAAACGAAACGAAACCACCCAAAAAAACCCCCAGAAGCCCAGCCCCAACAAAUGACGUGGCAGUGGACAAAUUAAGAGAGGUCUGAAGCAGCAAACUGAACUGUUCGUUUGUUCCAGGCUUUGGCAAAGCAGAACCACCUGAGGUACGUACGCUGUGGAGGUCUCCGGGGGGGUCCGCAUCCUCUUCAUCACCAGGAAGAAAAUCACUGUACAAAGUUCCCCAAACCAGGCCCAAUCCAGAGGGGCCUCCUGCCGCCACAGCAGUUCUUUAAACAGCCGGAACACUUGUCAGAUGUGGUCACAACGGCACUGCAACGUGCAGCCACAAACCAAGGCUCUGGGCUUGUCAGUCACUGCUUGUAUUUUCAGCUUCAGCUUCCUCGCCGUAAAAACCUGUGUGUCGUCCUGGGGUUUUGUGUGGUUUUAGUGCACUCAAGUAGCGACACUGAAGUGCUGCAGAAAGGGACCACGCUGGCAGCCCAUCAAUGCAAGCAGAUGUCACGUCGUGCUCUUCCUCCUCUGUCGUGAAGAGCCAGUCCGUGCUGUCCCCCAUGGACACGGGAACACAGCCUGGAAUUCUCAGUUCUGCCACUGAAAAGGAGAGGCACAAGCAGAGGAACGAUGUCAGAGCAGAGCAACCCGAAACGGCAGGAUGCUUGGAAAUGCUUUCCAGGUGACUUGGGUAAAAAUCCACUUUUUAAUUGUGAUGUCCUUCCACGUACUGCAAGUUUUGUGUGCCAGGGCAAAGGCCAUACUUGUGGCACUGUACAGGACAGGGGGGAAGGGAACAGCUCAGCCUACUGUUAACCUUCGGGUUACAACAUGUUAAGUGAAUCAUUACUGUGUGUGACGAGAUAAUAAACCCUGACAACUUUUAAAUGUUAUUUUGUAA